GCCCCGGCGCUUCCGGGAGGUCACUUCCUCUCCUGUCUCCUAGCAACAGCUGGAAGCGUUGUUGACGUCCCGGGAGGCAGUGGCGCCGGACUGAGCCCAGAGUCUCACCGCCCGCACGAUGGCAGAGGUGGAGGAAACCCUAAAAAGGAUACAGAGCCAUAAAGGGGUUAUUGGAACUAUGGUGGUAAAUGCAGAAGGCAUUCCGAUCCGAACAACCUUGGACAACUCGACAACUGUUCAAUAUGCAGGUCUUCUCCAUCAGCUGACAAUGAAAGCCAAGAGCACAGUCCGUGAUAUUGAUCCUCAGAACGACCUCACUUUUCUUAGGAUCAGAUCGAAGAAGCAUGAAAUCAUGGUAGCUCCAGAUAAGGAAUAUCUUCUGAUUGUCAUCCAGAAUCCAUGUGAAUAGAUCUGCUAUGGCCAAGUCUGUCCUAGUGACACUGUGUCAGAAACACUUUACUCCUUAAUGAUUACUAAAAUUAUAUUGUAAUCUAACUUACCUUUUGGGCAUUCUUUUCUAUUUCUACAUUUAAACUAUUGUACAUGUUCCGUUUAGUCCCUUUUGAUUGUGUUGUGAAGUUGUACUUUAGCUAUAUAAUAAAUGAGUUCUGGUA